UACAACUUUCAGUAUCAGUAAACUCCUUUUGAAGUACUCAGUACUCUUUGUUUCCUGCAAAUUUGUGGUAGAGGCUCUCCGUGACGUCUCUGGCUUCUGUGAUGCACAGCAGAGAAGCAAAACCAGUCCUACUUUGAAAAGCCCACAAACAACUUCAGGUCUGAAGAGGUUGUACCACAGCUGUGACAUCUAGCAGAUGAGGCAAAGAGGAGGAGGAGACUCACUCUGAAGCUGUGCUGCUGUUGUGCUCAUGAACCAGGAGGGAAGGUCAGCACACCAGCUGCUCUGUUCAAACAGGAAUUCAGCGCUGCAACCACAAGAGGAGCCAAAAUGAACGAGAUAAACAAACCAGCGAGCAACUUCAGCAACUCCAGUGACUCCAGUAACUCCAGCUGUCCGUCCAUCGAUGACUUCCGUAACCAAGUUUACUCCACAUCCUACUCCCUCAUAACCGUUUUUGGUUUCGUUGGGAACUGCUUCGCCCUGCUGGUGCUGUUUAGAACAUACCGCCAGCGCACCCCCUUCCAUGUGUACAUGGUCAACUUGGCGCUGUCGGACCUGCUGUGCGUCAUGACGCUGCCGCUAAGAGUUAUUUACUAUGUCAGAAAGGGCCAGUGGAAUGAAGGAGAUUUUCUCUGUCGCAUCAGCUCUUACCUUCUCUACGUCAACCUAUACUGUAGCAUUUAUUUCAUGACCGCCAUGUCCAUCACGCGCUUCUUGGCCAUCGUCUUCCCUGUGCGCAACCUCCAUCUGCUGACGGUGAACCGUGCACGCGCCAUGUGUGUGGGCAUAUGGCUCUUUAGCAGUCUGUCAUCUUCCCCUUUUUUGAUGUCUGGACAUCAUUUGGACACGCAAGAAAAUAAAUAUAAAUGUUUUGAGCCUCCUAAACUUUCAAGUGGUAAAGAGCUGAGAAAGCUACAGGUGCUUAAUUAUUUGGCUCUGGUGUUCGGUUUCAUCCUGCCCUUCCUGGUCAUCCUCAUCUGCUACGCCGGCAUAGUCCGCGCGCUGCUCUCCCGCACCAGUGCCGCCCGCCGGCAGCAGGGCACAGCUGCCAAAGCCAUCCGUAUGAUCGUCGUCGUCCUGCUGACCUUUCUAGUCUGCUUCAUGCCAUACCACGUGCAGCGCACCUUGCACCUGAAUUUCCUGUCUCGGGAAGAUUCAACUUGUGAAGAGCGGAUCGCGAUGCAAAAGUCUGUGGUGGUGACGCUGAGCCUGGCAGCUGCCAAUUCCUGCUUUGAUCCGCUGCUUUAUUUCUUCUCUGGAGAAGGUUUCCGCAGCCGCAUGUCAUCCCUGCGUCAGGCCAGCACCAUCCGGCGCGCGGCCAAGCUGCAGCCCAUCACGGGGUCAGAGUCUGUGGGGAAGCACCAGCUGGAGGCCAGUUAGAUUACAGCAGGAGCGCAGGGAAUAGGGUUGUCCUCAAACGAGCAGAUUGAGAGCUCGACUGACCUCACUGAUGUUAAAAGAGAGGAAAUUGUAGAAAGAAGAUGAGUAUCAGAAAGGAGAAAAUUAACCUAUUUGCAUGUUUCAUGAAAAUGUACCACAAUUAAACAAAAAUGAAGGAAAUAAGAGAGGGCACAUUUGUUCAGUAUUUAAAUGACAUGAUGGUAUAAUGUAAAUAGCGGCCUAUCGUGAUCCAGAAGUUGCAUAUAAUAAAAAUAUGUGCAUUAUAUUGAUGUAUAAAUGCAUUUCAGAUGAAGUUAAAGAUAGUUGCAGUGGGGUGGUUUAGUGUCCACACCGUUGUUCUGUGUCAUGCCAGAUGCAUACAAAGGGUUAAAGUCAUAUUUAGCAAAAUAUGGUUGACUAAAUGCCACGAAAAAUGCUGCAGAUAUUUAUUUUUCUUUUACUUAUCCUUAACAACUGUUUUUUUAUGCAAAAAUAUUUUUUUUGUAUAUAUUUAGAUGAUUUUUACCAUGAUUGUUUAUGUGAAUUAUUACAUUUCUCAUGCUGUGAAGUUAUUUUGACACGUUUGUUUUUAUGUUUUUUGUUCUUUCUUUAUUCUGUCAUGUACUAUUGACAUGCUAGUUUUUACAAUUUAUACAUGCACUUGAAAUAAAUAUUUGGAUUUGUGCCUUUUAAAUAAACAAAGUGGCAUUUUGGCAAAAUCA